CAAAAUGCGUGACCAACAGACCCUGUUCGAGUUCGGCUUGCGCUCUCUGCCUCGCUGUUAUCACCUGUGGCACGAAUUACUUGCAACUCGCCAUCAUGUUUAGCCUAUAAAUAACAGCCUAGCCAGCAGCUACUUCGUCUCCCUAUCCCGCCAUAUUCCAUUCAAAAUCUUUCACGCUUCGUGCAAAUUCUGAAUUCUUCUUCCAUCGUUUUUAUUUUUUUAUUUUUUUCCAGCUCUUGAAUUUCUCCUUAACAGCCGAAACCAUGGUCGUCGCACAGAAAGUCAAGGAAGCUGAAAUCACCGAGCAGGAUUCGCUUCUUCUUACGAGGAACUUGCUCCGAAUUGCCAUAUUUAAUAUCAGUUACAUCAGAGGCCUAUUUCCUGAGAAGUAUUUCAACGAUAAGUCGGUCCCAGCUCUUGAGAUGAAGAUAAAAAAGCUGAUGCCAUUGGAUGCAGAAUCUCGCCGACUUAUUGAUUGGAUGGAGAAAGGAGUAUACGAUGCUUUACAGAAGAAGUACUUGAAGACACUUUUCUUUUGUGUGUGUGAGACAGUUGAUGGACCGAUGAUUGAGGAAUACGCAUUUUCCUUCAGCUAUUCGGGUUCUGACAAACAAGAGGUCUCAAUGAAUGUCAAUCGCACUGGAAACAAGAAGCAGGGUGGGACGUUCAAUAGUAACAGUACCACAGAAAUUACUCCCCAGCAGAUGAGGAGUUCUGCAUGCAAAAUGAUUCGAACACUUGUUCAGUUGAUGAGAACUCUGGACAAAAUGCCCGAUGAGCGUACCAUAUUGAUGAAGCUCAUCUACUAUGAUGAUGUGACGCCUGCAGAUUAUGAACCUCCAUUCUUCAGGUGUUGUACAGAAGAAGAAGCUCGCUGUCCAUGGACAAAAAAUCCAUUGAAAAUGGAGGUUGGGAGUGUAAACAGCAAGCAUUUUGUGUUAGCUCUCAAGGUAAAGAGUGUUCUAGAUCCUUGUGAGGAUCAGAAUGAGCAAAUGCAAGAUGAUGAGAUGAGCUCUGGGGCUGAUUCCACACAGAGGGAUGAGCAUUUUGAUUCUGACAGUGAGGUCGACCAUACUCAAGGGGAUAGAUAUAUAGUUGCCCCAAUAGAAAAACAACCACAGGCAAUUGAUGGCAUGGAUGACCAAGACAAUACACAGGAUUCUAUAGAAGAUGGGAGACAAUUAGACCGGGUGAAGGAGUGGAUUCUUUAUAGCCACCUUGACAUUGUUGAGCUUACUGACGUUCUAGCAAAUUUUCCUGACAUAUCAGUGGUUUUAAUUGAAGAGAUAAUGGAUAAGCUCGUCAAGGAAGGCGUGCUGUCAGCAACGGGAAAGGAUACCUACGCCAUUAACAGGCAAAAGAAAUCUGAUGAAUAUGAAUUCUCAACCGUGAAAGAAGAAGCUGAUGAUCAAACUAUUCAAGUCAUUGAUGAAGUUCCCCAGGUUGAAGAUAGCCUUUACAUGAAGGCUCUCUAUCAUGCUCUACCGAUGACCUAUGUGUCAGUCGCAAAGCUUCAAAGCAAGCUUGAGGGAGAAGUAAACCAGACAGCCGUGCGGAAGAUAAUUCAUAAAAUGACUCAGGAAGGUUUUAUUGAACCAAAAGGCAGCAGAAGAUUGGGGAAACGCGUGAUCCAUUCUGAGUUAACUCAGAGGAAGUUGAUGGAAGUCCAGAAGGCUCUAAUGGGCACUACUAUUGAAGCUAUGGAAAUAGAUCACAGUGAACCAAAUAGUAAGUCCAGGGCUAUUAAUUUCCAAGCAAAUGGGAAUCACAACAGAGAGGGAUCCACAUGUGGUGUCCUCCACUCUAUUGGAUCAGAUCUAACGAGGAUGAGAGUUAAAUCAGACAUGAACCAAACUGACUCCACCAGGAGUGGGCAGAAUAAGGUGAGAGCGUUGGGGAACACACCCACAAGCAGGGUUGAGCCCGUAGCUUCUAGAGAGAGUUUUGCUCCAGGUAAAGAGAACAGCAUGGCAAACGAACGUUCAACUAUAAACCAGUGUAACGAAGUUGAGACUCUUCUCUGCAGUAAUAACUCUCAGGACAAGCGAUCCAGGAAAACAAGCACGGUCAAGGAGGCUAUCCAUCAGUAUUUUAAGCGCCAGAGAUCUCAAGUUCAGUGAACCUGCAUUCAUCCCCCAUCCCUCCACUAGUUUGUUUCGAUCGGAAUGCAAAUUUAAGUCCGGACUUCUUUUGGUCCCACACCAUAAACAAUAUCUCAUGAUAGUUGACUAUUUACACGUCUCUUAUAGGCAGUGACAGCGUCAAAACAAACUUAAUGUACUACAGAAUUACGGUUCAAGGUCAGAUUCUUGCGUGUCUAUUGCUGAUAUUUUGGCUUUACAUUAUCAUGGUCGCCGAUAGAUGCGAGCUAUAAGAAGCAUUUCAUCGUUCGUCUAAACUCUAAAGGACUUUUGGUGAAGAUCUUGUUCCAGAAUGUAACAGAUUUCUUGCAUAUAUCAGUGAUUAGCUUGGAGUUAUGCGGUUAAUGUCAUUUUCGGGGUUAUAAAACAAAAGACGGCCUAUCUAAUGUUCCUUUAAUCAUGAUGUAUGUUUAUAAAUGCUUAUCAUCACGACGUUUCCUUC